UCGGUGUUCUCUCCUUCCAAUAACAAGGUCGUUCCGACGUUGUUUUGACGGUGUGGUGGCUUUUUCCGCUCCAAAAUGGCUGGGGCAGCGGCUAAGAAAGGAAGCCUUAUGUACAAAAUACAGAGGUUUUGUUAUUACAAGUCAUAUUUUCCUUCCCUUGGUUUAUGGAGAGAUGACAUGAGAAGAGAGAGUGCCGUCCUAAGAGAAGCAUUGACAAGGCUUCCCAGGGCUGAUUUAGAGGCCAGGAAUUUUAGGAUUGCCAGAGCUGUUGUGUUAAAUAAUGCUAAAAUGACGUUACCAAGAGAUCAGUGGACAGAAUUAGAUGAUGAUAGACUUUACCUUGACCCAAUUAUAAAGAAAAUUGAGAAAGAAAUCAAGGAAAAAGAGGAUUAUGCCAAGUCUAGAUGAUGUCCAUGUGGGAUGAACAUUGUGAAAAUUACAUUCAGUGAUACUGGUACAUUUAUAUUAAAACAUUUGUACUGAAUAAAAGAGAUCCGUAAA